CCCGCCGACCACCCAGACUACGAAGCGCUGCUGACGGGCGUCAUUGUGCUCGCCAGCCUGUUCAGCAACUGCGUCGAGGCCUUCAACCUCAUUCACCCGAGCCAGCGAUGGGACAAGCAGGAGCAGCUGCUCAUCACCGCCCUCGGCCUGCAGCAGGCCCGUCUGCUCAUCUGGGGCGACACCGUCGGCAUCUCCUCGCCCCCGCCCACCGUCACAGACCGCGCUAUCCCCAAACACCCCUCUGCCGCCUACCCCGACCUCAACGAGCCUACCUUCUUCUCCGCCCGCGACCCCGCCCUCGAUCAGCCCGACACCCGGCAGAAGGUUGACGAAGCCCUGUCGGCCUUAGUCGAGCGCUCGGCGCACACGUCGCGCGAAGAGAUGAUGGAGCUCUAUGGUCUGCGGCCCCCCAAGCGCUUCACGGUCGAGUACCAGCCCGCCCUCGACGGCAAUCGCCUCGAGUCCUUCCGCGAGCGCCACGAGCUGCUCAAAGAGGUCGCCGAGAGCUACGCCCACCUCAACACCCGGCGCAACAGCUCCAUCGUCGCCUCCACCUGGGCCGUCUCCGACUACGCCAAGUUCGCCGACUUCAUCAAACUCACGCAGGAAAAGGUGGACUACCUCAUCGAGCUCACCGACAGCCAGGAGCGCGUGGACCGCGCCAUGUGCAUGGACAUCCGCGCCCUCGGCUGGCACUUGUCCGCCGACCGCGCGCGCGUCGCCCACGACCGCUCGAAGCUCAUCCUUGUCUUGGAGUACAGUCGGCAGGAGUAUCCGCAGUACGUCGACGCGGUAAACAUUGCUUUGCGCAACAUUGAGCGCGAGCGUCAGGAGAAUGCC